ACCAUGGAGAGUGAUACUACUACACCAAACUGUGAACAGAAUAAUAUGCCAUGGUCACCUUCACCACAGCCACCUUGUCCUUAUGUACCUGUCAAGCUUGAAGAAUAUGAAACACCAGGAUUCAGUGUCACGAAACUCCUCAAGAAAGCCAAAGAGAGUUGCAAGUGUGACCAACAAAGUAUCCUCAGCUUCUUCCUCAAGCUGUUCCCUGUUGUAGAGUGGCUUCCUCGUUACAGUCUCAAGAAACAACUGCUUGGUGACAUCAUCUCAGGCUUACUGGUUGGAAUAGUUGCCAUCCCACAGUCAAUCUCAUAUGCCCUCCUUGCAAGCCAGGAUCCCAUUUAUGGCCUCUAUACCAACUUCUUCUGUGGCAUCAUCUACUUCGCCAUGGCUACCUCACGCCAUAAUUGUGUAGGGUCUUUUGGGGUCCUGUGCUUAAUGAUUGGGGAAUCAGUAAACCGGCAACUGAGGUUGGCAGGAUAUGAGUCAGACACUGGAGCUGACAGAGUGGUUAAUGCCACACUGAAUGGGACAGUGUUCUGUGACAAAGGCUGCUAUGCUAUCACUGUGGCAACUGCCCUAACAUUUUUGGUUGGAAUAUAUCAGAUACUUCUAGGGGUUUUCCAGCUGGGCUUCAUAUCUGUAUAUCUUUCAGAACCUCUCUUGAGUGGCUUUGUAACUGGAUCUUCACUUACCAUCCUCACCUCCCAAGUGAAUCUCCUUCUGGGAAUAAAAAUCCCUCGCCAUGAUGGAGUGGGCUCCCUUGUCUUAACAUGGGUUGACAUCUUCAGAUACAUUAACAAGACUAACAUCUGUGACCUAGUUACCAGCCUAAUUUCUUUGGUCCUUAUUGUGCCAGUAAAAGAAAUCAAUAACUACUUUAAGGACAAAAUGAAGGCUCCAUUUCCCAUCGAACUCCUGGUGGUCAUUGCAGCGACUCUGUUCUCCUAUUUCUUUGACUUCAAUGCCAGAUACAAGUCCAAAAUCUGUGGUGACAUUCCCACUGGUUUCAAGCCACCUGCUGUUCCUGAUUUGAACCUUUUGUCAAACCUGGCACUUGAUGCUCUACCCAUUGCUAUCAUUGGUUUUGCAAUGACUGUCUCAUUGGCAGAAAUAUUUGGCAAGAAGUAUGGCUACCCUGUUCGGGCCAACCAAGAAAUGAUUGCCAUUGGCAUGGGGAAUCUGAUCCCAUCUUUCUUCUCCUGCUUUGCUAUUUCUGCAGCCUUGACAAAGACCUUGCUGAAGGAGUCCACAGGAUGCCAAACUCAGCUAUCAAGCCUGGUAUCUUCAGUUGUGAUGCUUCUGGUGUUGUUGUGGAUUGCCCCUCUUUUCUAUUCAUUGCAAACCUGCAUCUUGGGUGUGGUUACCAUUGUGAACCUCAGGGGAGGUUUGCGGAAGUUUGCUGACACUCCCAAGAUGUGGAGGAUCAGCAAGAUGGACACUGUGGUCUGGUGGGUCACCAUGCUGUCCUCAUCACUGAUCUCUACAGAGCUAGGCCUUUUGGUAGGGGUCUGCUUUGCUCUCCUCUGCAUCAUCUUCCGUACUCAGAGGCCCCGGGCCACUCUUCUAGGUAAGGUGAAUGAUUCAGAAAUUUAUGAGGACCAGUUCACUUACAAGCAGAUCAACAGUGUUGCAAACAUCAAGAUCUUUCGCUUUGAUACCUCACUUUACUAUGCAAACAAGGACUACUUCAAAAGUUCACUUUCCCAGAAAAUAGGAAUAAAUCCUUUCCUGAUUGCUGCCAUGCAGAAAAAGGCUGAAGCAAAAGCAAAGGCAAUUCUGGGCAACAAUGAAAACUGUUUCCCUUCUAAACUGAACUGCCUAAAGGUCACAAGGACAAGUGUCACACAAGUUACAGCAGAUGUCUCUGCUCCAAUCAUUGACAUCCACACCUUAAUAAUUGACUGUGGGGCCAUGCAAUUCAUAGACAGUGUGGGUCUCAGUACGCUGAAGGAGACUCGCCAAGACUAUCAGAAGAUUGGCAUCCAGCUGUUGUUGGCCAACUGUAAUCCGUCCAUCCGGCGCCGCCUCCAGGCAGGUGGUUGGCUCACAGGGAUGGAAGAUUCAGAGUUGCUGUCCUUUCACAGUAUACAUGCUGCUGUACAGUUUGCUGAGAAACAGGGCCAAACUCAAGUGAUGGAGAAUGAAGUAGCCAGAGGUACUUUUCUAAGCCCAGAACCCCAGGACAGCUUAGUAGAUUCAAGUGUGGAAGGGCCGCUGUAAGCCUGGGCAGAGCAUAUUGUAUAAUAAUAAGGAACUUGCCUUAUACAUUUUAAGCUGCGAAUUUCAUUGGCAUUCUACAUUUGCCAGGCCAAGAUGAAGGCCUUUGCAUUGUAAUAAUCUGGAUGGGGACAGCAUUACUGUAUAAUACUUGGCAUGGAGAUAAAGCUUCACCUGCUUGCUUUCAUUGAGUCAGGCUACUGUUAAGGAUAUAGGACCAAGACCAGGAAGGAAAGGUUAUAUUUUCAUCUUACAUGGAAGUGGAGGCAGCACUUAAUCAUCAUAAAAACACAGUAGGCUGAUAGGUAGUGACUUACCUAGUUCCAUCCAAUGAGGCUAGGAAACAAAUAUACCAGGUUAAGAUGCAGAUUUGUUUACAGAAUAGCUGCUGAAAUGACAGUAUUGGCAUCAGACUCUAGAUGAGAGACUCCUCUUUGAGGGCUUAGUCAAGCAAAGAACAAAAUCUCUGUAAACAGAAAACUAACACGCUACUGGGGGUCAGGGGACAUAGAUACUCUAGUCCAGUCUGGCUGUUCUGAGUGUCUCUUUGCAAGGCAAUUUUGAUGGAGAGGAGCACUGAAAUAUGUGAUCUUCCCUACUACAGUUUGAAACGGUACAUUCCAUUCAUAUCAUUAUAUGGAUAAGCCAGACCUCCUUUCAAUAGCUGAACAGGGACCAGAAGCAGUUCAACCCCAAUAUUCUAGUCACUAUACUUCCCUGACUUAUUUGGGAACUGAAUAUUUUAUAUAAAGAUGGGGGCUUUUUUAACUUUUAAAUUAGUAUCUUUUCUUUUAAAUGGUUUUAAUUCUAUAGACAAAUUAAUGGCAUAUUACAUACAGCUUUUUGUAUGGUUUUAUCUACAAGUUUCUUUAAAUGCAUUUCUUUUUUAUCCUGUAAGUUGCCUUGGGUCCCAGCUUUGGGAAAAGAUAAACUACAAAUAAAGCAGUCGCAACACAUUCACAAUACUGUCUGAAUGCAAACAGAAAUAACUUAGUCUUGGGAAGAAUACAAAACACUUCAGAAAACACAUAUAAAAAGAAAUGGAGAGAGAGAGAGAGAGAGAAAGUGUGUGUGUGUGUGUGUGUGAGUGUCUUGUCAAACUGUGCAAGUCUUUGUUGUUGGGUUGAAUCCUUCAAUCCCAAGUACAGUUUAAUGUAGGAACACAUUUUUUUCCAGUAGUAUACCAUAGGGUGUAAUUUUGUGUGCUCAUUACAAGGUAGGUUUGUUCAGACAUGGGAGUAAAGGUAGUUCUGAAGGGCUGGAGGACUGCUGCAGCUUAACAGUGAGAAGAGGAGGGAAUGGGAAGGCAACUUAGAGGAAGAAGACAUGUCUGAUCUCAGAUCCAGGGAAAAGAAAUGAGGGUAGGCUCCCAAAUGGAAUAUGUCAUCAUUCCCUUCCCCAUGGAGCUGUCCUGCCUCUUCUUCAUCACUUAAAUAAUGUCUCUCAGUUUCUCCUCUCCUUGUUAGUACUCAGCACCAACAAGGCUUGACAGCUGCUGGAAUCAGGGGAGGUUUUGGAUGGAGUUGCAAAACAUUAUUUUUAAAAAUUAAGAGUCAUGCAUCAAAUGGACACCUAAGUUGCUUUAUC